CCCGUUCCCCCCGUCAUGAUGUCUAAGAGACAAGCUGAGCUGUCGCUCGAGGAUGAGCUGGCCGCAGGCUCUCCUGCCUCGAAAAAGCCGCGCGUGGAGGAUGAAGACCUACCGGAAGACGAUCUGCGCCGUGAAGCUUUGCCGAUUCGCCCGGGAAGUGGACGAGAGUCGGAGGAGCACGAACACAAAGGACAAGAUAUACUUGCAGCUGCUGACCAAGAGCGCGAGGAGCUAGAGGAAGCAGCACAGGACGAUGAAUUUGACUCCUCCGAUGUUGACGGUGAUGCACCGGUUAUCGCAGCCCCGAAACGUCAGAGCGCACCCAUGGAGGGAUACGGCGACCUGUAUCUCGAUACGAUCAAUCGCGGAAUUCUCGACUUCGACUUCGAAAAGCUAUGCUCAGUGAGCUUGUCAAACAUCAAUGUCUAUGCCUGUCUAGUGUGCGGCAAAUACUUCCAGGGUAGAGGCCCCAAGUCGCAUGCCUACUACCAUGCGCUUGAAGUCGGACACCAUGUCUUCGUCAAUAUGGGAACAAAGAAAGUUUGGGUUCUCCCGGAAGGAUAUGAGGUCAAGAAUAAGAGCUUGGACGAUAUCAAGUACGUUGUGGACCCGUCCUACUCCAAAGAAGAAGUCGCGAAGCUAGAUAAGGAGGUCCAUGACGCAUUCGACCUCGCUGGGAGUCGCUAUAGACCUGGCUUCGUGGGAAUGAACAAUAUCAAGGCCAACGAUUAUCUGAACGUGGUGGUCCAGCUUUUAGCCCACGUUUUCCCCAUCCGCAAUUACUUCCUGCUACAUGAAUUUCCUCAACCAGGUACACCUCAGCUAGCCCUCCGCUUUAGUACCCUCGUCCGGAAAUUGUGGAAUCCCAAGGCUUUCCGCUCCCAUGUGUCGCCGCACGAGCUGUUACAGGAAAUUGCCAUGCGCUCAUCCAAGCGUUUCACCCUUACCCAGCAGUCCGACCCGGUGGACUUUCUUUCCUGGUUCCUAAACAACCUCCACCUCUCGCUUGGAGGCUCCAAGAAGCCGUCGAAGAACCCUACAAGUAUCGUUCAUGCUUCCUUCCAAGGCCAUCUGAGGAUUGAAAGCCAGGCUAUCACAGCCCAUUCAGAUACCCAAAACGCGCGACUGGUGUUCACUGAAUCCGGCACAAUCAACAGCCAAACGACUCCCUUCCUCAUCCUCACCUUAGAUCUACCACCUACACCCCUCUUCCAGUCCGCCAACCGAGAAUCCAUCAUCCCACAGAUCCCUCUAACCACCCUCCUGAACAAGUACAACGGGAUCACCGCGUCCGAAAAGCUGGCCCACAGAGUUCGACACCGCUUACUUCACCCCUUGCCCCCCUAUCUCCUGUUCCACAUCAAACGAUUCAGCAAGAACCGCUUCGUUUCCGAAAGAAACCCCACAAUCGUCACCUUCCCAUCCCCGCGCUCUCUGGACAUGUCACCCUAUGUCGAGCCCAACCCGGACAUCUGGCCACCAGGCGAGCCGAUCCUUUACGAUCUCGUCGCCAACAUCAUCCUCGACCCCAAUGUUGCCGCUCCAGGCGCGCACGAAGAAGCCGCAGCAGACAAGGGGGUCAACGCAGCCGGUGGCGGGUCCUCGUCAGGAGCCGGUGCCGGUGCCGGUGCCGGCAGUGAAAAGGUUUCUUGGCUUGUCCAGCUGCACGACAAGGCCAUGUCGGCCGAAAACAGCCGGCUGCAAAAGGAACAUGCCGGAGAACAGCGCGGACCCGAGUGGCUCGAGGUCCAGGAUUUGUUCGUGAAGCGGGCGGAAAGCGAGACGUUGUUCACCCGCGAGGGUUACCUGAUGGUCUGGGAGCGUCGCAAGGUCCCUGGUAUGCCCAAUCGCAAGGGGAAGGCAUCCGCCAAGUGAUUGUGAAAUGUCGCAUGGGUGUGAAAUAUUUUGGUUUGUCUUGUGUCUAAAUAUCCCAAUGAAGGCUCUUAUAACAAAGGGACUGCUGUAUAAUUAAGAAUUUACGAUGAUGAUAGAAGAUCUGUUUCUUACUUUUUUCUCACUCGUAGUUCUGU